ACCUGACCUACGGAACCACGUUGAGUUGGUUUCGGGCUUUCGGCAUCGUUUCAACGGGACUUAUGUCUUGAACGGUCCGUUGAGUUGGAAGUUCUGGGCCCAUGCCAUGGCUUUAAAGGUGAUCCAGAGGCUUCAGCUGCUUGGACAGACGGGGAAAGACCUCUGCUCUGAUCUGGGACAGAUCUCCAGAUUCCUGAGUGCCCCGUGCCGGGCCCGGGAGCGCCUCUGUGUGGCCUGCCUUUGGACCUCAGCUGGUCGCUGCAUCCAGAGACAUGGCUGUAAGAAGCUCCAGCCAAACUUGGGGAGGAUGAGCCUGUCCACAAUCAUCAGGGACCCGUCCUUCUUCAACACUGGGUCUGUGGGCCUCCACAAAGACUCAGCCCUCCGGUUUUGUCUGAGCCAGCUCCACGGGCUCGCUCCUGCCGACGAGCAGGCCUUCCAGGUGCGGCUGGACAGCUGCUCUUCAUCCCGGCAGGUCUUCCGUCUGCUUGGUGCCAUGGAGAUCAUGUCUGACAACAUGGCAGCUGCAGUGCUGCACAGAGUAGCUGACCUGGAGAAGGACACCCACUGCCUGAAGGACCCCUCGGUUCUGGAGCAGGACACUCUCAGGGCCCUGUGCUACCAGUUGGAGCAGGACUCAUGCCAUCUGACGGACGCUGGGCUGGUGUCAGCCCUGCUUGGCUGCACCCGCCUCUACCUGGACCCCUGGAGCACACUGGUGGUGCGGCUGGUGUCUGAGAGCCAGGAGAGGCUGGACAAAGGACAGAUGAGUGUUGGCCAGCUGUGCACCCUAGGGCAGGCCAUGCUGGCCCUGGAGGGCCCUAGCUGUGGGAUGCUGGAGCAAGUGAUGGAGCAGGUCAAGAAGCAGGAGCCUGGCCAGUGGAGCCUAGCAGAGCUCACUGCUGUCUAUGGACUUCUGCAGGGCGGGGUUGGUAAGGAAGGACAGUAUCAGGGUCUCCUCCAUGCAAUGCAUCUGCAUGCCAUGUCAAUCGCCUACCUUAUGGACCCACCUGCAGUCAGCAGGGUGAUGGGUGCUCUGGUGGUACUGAACCAGACCCAGGCCAUGCCCCUGGUGAUCAGCCUGUGCAAGCAGGCCGUAAGGCAUGUACCCAAUUUCAGGGAUGAGGAGUUGACCGUAGUCCUUGGGGCUCUUAUGCACUUUGGUCACAGCGAUCACCACUUUGUGGAAGCCAUGGAGAGGUACGUGCCCAGCAUGGCCUUCACCUCACACCCAGAGACGGUCUCCAAGGUGAUGCAGUAUUUUGGGCGACGGAACAUCUUGUCCCUCCCUGUGUUUGAUGCCGUGGCUGAGAGCUUUGUGUACCGAGCAGAUGACUACACCACCAGCCAGGUGGCCCAUCAGAUCAUGCCAUUCGGCAAGCUGGGCUACCUACCACCAAACGCUGGCCAGUUGUUCAGGAAAGUGGAGGCCAUCCUGCACAGGCGCUUUUCCCACUUUCAGCCCAAGACCCUCCUCAACCUGCUCCACACCUGCAUCCUGGUGGAGAGAUACCCUGUCAACUUUGUCUCCAAGGUCUUCAACAAGUACUUCCUCCAGCAACUACAUGUCAAAGACGAAGGUAUGGACCGCAUUGUUUUGGCACAACUUACUCAGCUCUACAUGUCCCUGAAGCUCGAGUGUCCCUUCUAUGAGGGUCCUAGGCUCCCUCCCAAGUACCGGGUCAAGUCGUUUCUCACCCCUGGGCGGUCCCUGGAGACUCAGGUGGACAGUCAACUCUAUAACUAUGUCAAGAAUGGCCUUGUGGACCUACUCGGGUCUCGUGCAUACUUUGCAUCUAAAGUCCUCACUCCUUACCGUUACACCAUAGAUGUGGAAUUAAAGCUUGAUGAGGAAGGAUAUGUUUUACCUGCUAGUCACACAGAAGACGUAUACAAGAGGAUUGCGAUUUGUAUUGAUGGGCACAAACGGUUCGCUUCAAAUGCAAGGCAGCUUCUUGGAAAAGAGGCCAUUAAACAGAGGCAUCUAAGACUCCUGGGAUAUGAAGUUGUUCAGAUUCCUUACUAUGAAUUUGAGAAGUUGCGAAACCAUACUGAGAUAGUUCAGUAUCUCCACAAAAAGAUAUUCCCUCACAGUUACAGGCUAAGUUGGUGAUACUGUUAUAUAUUCCUUGUUUGAGUGUAUCAGCAAUAUAUUUACGAAAGCAAAAUAAACUUAUCGUGCUAAAGUGUGUUGGUGGAAAGAUGUGUCCAAAUACAAUAACAAUAUUGGAUAGU